AUGCUUAUAAAUGACGAAAUUGGCGAGUUGAACGUGUCAGCAACGAAAUCGCGGUUGGGCGAAAUGUACUCGUUUAUGGUCCCGUACCCCGAUCCAGAGGGAUCCAAUUGGCCGGUCCUGACUGAUAGAAUCACUCUAAGAGUGGCUGAGAGCGUUCUUCCUAGCACAGGAAUUGUGACUUCGUCAAGCACAUCAAAAGAAGAGAAUGAACUUCUUUUGAAAAGUCUGCGAGACUCAGCUGCAGCCCGAAUCGCUCAGGAAACUGAUUUAGCUCAGAAGAAGGCUGGCCAAGAAGGAUCGAGCUCGGCUGGUCCUAUUCCGUCUUCUGUGGAAGAAGAUAGAAUAAUUAAGUCUUUGGUGGACCAGAAUACGGAGGAAUUGAAGUUUACUGAGCUGGAUCUACGUAAGACAUGGAAGACUGGGGCUACAGGACGAGAUGUCACUCUCAAUUCGUUUGAUAAGAGCUGGUAUUUGAAUAAUACGGUUAAAGUGUUUGGCGAUUUAUUAGGAGAACUACAACUUUCCUACGUGCUUAUGGUUAUUUUUGCCAACUUUUCAGGGGCUCAGCAAUGGAAAAAGAUUACUGAGCUUGUUCUUCGCUGUCGCUCGGACGUGGCCGUGCACCCUCAACGGUAUAUUGAAUUCUUCAAUAUUGUAUAUCACCAGAUCAAAGCGUGUCCUGUAGAAUAUAUUGACGAGUUUCUCGAGAAGUCGUUUCUACAGAAGUCGUUUGGCCAUUUCCGCAGGCUGCUUGUAUCAAGUGGAACGUCCCAAUUGGAACCUGCUCUCAAGAUCGCUCCACAAGUGAAAGCUGCUGCCGACCGGGUGUUUGACACAUUACGAGUGUCGGGUGUUCCUAUUCCGUUUCUUCGUGAGGGUGAUGAAGUUGACAGUGAAGACGAGGAUGACGAGGAUAAGCCUGUGGUGGUAGGCUAG